AACAUCUUUUUAAUGCUAUGGAUGCUUCGCCUUUACAGUGACUUGUCCCCGUUGCUGAUUGGACGCUCUCAGCAGCAUUUACUUCGUUCUUCUCUCUUUUCUUCUAGCCCACUUCAUAUUUCGUUCUAGGCAGCGUAGAUCGCCGCGCCGUUUUGAUAACGGUUAGGGAUUGUUAACCAGACGCACAGAGCCCACCGCCUCGUUGACGAGUUCCGAAAUGUACAACAACUACUUCAUCGCCGCUCUGCUUGCCUCUGCAACUUUGGGAAGGGCGCAGGGUGUUCUUGGAGGCUCGUCAGUCCCUGCGGACACUAUGUCACUGGCCGCUGCCCCUGGCCCCUCUGUGACAUCGCCCUCCCCUUCUCAGACUUCCGUACCUUCAUCCACGUCUUCCAUCAUGAGUUCGUCGACGCCUGCUCCACCCAAGGACAUGCCUCAGUACCCGUCGUACCAAUACACGUCUGAAAUGCCGUACAGCGUCAUGACGUCUGGUGGAUAUAAAUCGCUGGAUUGCGGAUACGGAUAUAAGAAAGGCAAUGAUGGGUCGUGUCAGAAGGAAAGCUGGUACUCAUACACAGGCAAUGGAUGCUAUGCCCAGACGACGCUCAUCGUCAACAACAACGGUGGUUACAACUAUAACGCCAAAUGCUACUAUGGUGGUGGAGAGACCAAGACGAUUACUGAGACAGUGACCGACACCAUGACCAAAACUAUGGUUCAAACGACAACGGAGACUGUCACAGAUACUGCAACCAAGACCGAGAUCGAGAUGCAGACGUACACUCAAUUUGUUCCCACCACGCGCAUCUGGACCAGUACUGAGAUUAUUGACAAGACAAAACUCAUCGAGCACACGAUGACUGCUACUGAGACGCAGACCAACGUCUAUACUACCAGUGUGACGAAGACCCAGACCGCUACUGUCACGGAUGUCGAGACCAAGACUGUUGUCUACACGAGUUUGGUGCCUACAACAUAUGUGAAAACUUUGGUUUCUACGGAAGUCAUCGACAAGACCAAAACCAUUGAGCACACUCUGUUGAACACCAUCACUGACACGAUGACUCAGGUUAAAACUCAGUUUGAUACGGUGACUAAGACAGACUUCAUGACAAUUUUCAACACCAAGACUGUCCUACAACCAACCACAUAUGUGAGGACCUAUGUCUCUACCGAUAUUAUCGACAACACAAAGACUGUUGUCAACACAAUGACCGAAUUGAUGACUGACACCGUGACUAAGACAAUGGUUGACACAAAGACAAUCCAAAAAACUCAAACAGAGACGGAUUUCAUCACUCGGGUGUAUACUCAAGUGGUUCCAACCACGUACACUAAGGUCUGGAUAAGCACCGAAAUCAUGGAUAAGACGAAGACGGUUGAUCACACUCUAUCGACAGUAAUCACAUCCACGAGAACAGACGUGAUGAUGACCACUGUCGUCUCCACCACGACGCCAGUCCAAACGUCCCUAUCAAGUUGUUUGUAUGAGUGCAAGCAACAGUACAAUAUGUUGGGCCAGUACUAUGACAAUGCCCCCAGCCGGCCUACUCCGGCGUACGAGCAUGAAUCGUAUGCUCCUCCCGUCUCCACUGACCAAAGUGGCGGCGGGUGCUAUGGCGGUUCAUGCCGUCGUUAACUCCGAAGUGGUGGACGGCGAUUCCCAUUCUUCACGACCUCAGAUGCUAUUGAUUUUCCUGACACGAACUUCACGUCGUCGCUCUUUGUGGUCCUUUCUCGAGAUCGAAUUAAGUCGUCCCUUUUUCAAGAUCGUAUGCUUCGUUUUGUUUGCCAUUUUUUUGCCUUGUUCAUUUUUGGGUUUGCCUUACAGUUCCUCUCCUUGAACAAAUACUGAACUUGGUAUCGUUGUCAAUUGAUAUGUUUUUGCCG